UGCAGACGGUCACACUGAGGCUGACAGUGACUCUGGUCAGUGACCACCGUCCUGCUCCCCGCCGUCGCUAGCGCUGCUGACAUAUCUCGCCCCCUCUCCGGCAUGUCGGACUAUGGCUCGGACAUCGGGGACGUCGAUGCGCUCGUCGCACUCGGCCAGGCCCUCGUCGAAGCCAUCCUCGAGCACCAGCCCAUCGCGCUGAUUCACAAAAUGGUCGCGGACGGCGCGCCCUUGUGGUAUCAAGACCACGAAGGCACUUCGGCACUGCACGCGGCUGCCUAUACGGAGAAAGAGGAGCUCAUUCGAUAUUUGAUCGACCAGGGUGCACUGUGGAACGCUGUGGACAGCUUGCACAAUACUGCGGGGGAUAUCGUGCUCUCCAUGAACAAUGAGACGUGCUACAACAUCAUACGCGACGCUGGAAUCCGCUCAGAACUCCUACUCACCCUUCUUUCUUCGCGCUCGCCACCCGCGACAAGCUCGCUCUCCAUGGUGCUCCGAGCGACCGACACCACCGCCGCCGGUUCUCAGGCCGCCUUCCUCUCGUCCAAGCUCAAGUUCGUCAAGGACGAGAACGGCCAGGAAAUCUGUCUCCUCAAAAUCAGCGACGAGGAAGAGGUCGGCGUCAUGAUGGGCUGGGAACGCGGCAUCAUGCAGGAAACCGUGAAGCGCUUGUGCGAUGACCACGAAGACCUCGGGGAGGGAUUCAAGGUCCUGAAUGUCGGCUUCGGACUGGGCAUCAUCGACGGCUUCUUCCAGGCACUCUCGACGCCCCCAUCCCUGCAUGUCAUCAUUGAGCCACAUCCAGGCGUGCUCGCACACAUGCGCGAUCUCGGGUGGUAUGACAAGCCCAACGUCAAAAUCCUGGAGGGCAAGUGGCAAGAUUUCGUUGAGAGCGAGGAGCUCCUAGGCAUCGGCGGCUUCGACGUUGUGUACACCGACACGUUCUCCGAGGACUACAAAGACCUGCAUGAAUUCUUCGGACACGUACCGGACCUCCUCGCAGGCCCGGAAUCGCGCUUCGGUUUCUUCAACGGCCUCGGCGCGACGAACGCGCUCUUCUACGACGUGUACACGCGUGUGUCGGACCUGCAUCUGGCAGACGUGGGCAUCGACAUCGAGUGGACGGACGUGGACGUGUUUGAGGGCGGCGAGGACCGCUGGGGCGAGACGCGGGAGUACUUUGCGCAGAGGUUCUACAGGCUGCCGGUGGGCAAGAUGCGAGCGAUAGCAUAGUGAGUUGGCAGUAAGUAGACAGUACGCAGCUCCGAAUCUCGACUGGACAAUCAAGUAAUGACACUGUCUUUGAAUGAUGUAUCAUUGUUUUGAGAGCGAGCCCCCUCGAUCCCACGAGCACAGCGGCUAGCUCGCCUCGCACGGAGGUCAUGGAGCAGAACGGCUGCGACAAUGGAGUGCUGCGGAAGGAUAAU